AGUUCCGAUUUUUCACCCUUUGUCCUGAAUUUUUUUUGAGUGCUAUUCGAGACACUGAUUUGUCAUCAUUUUCAAUGAUUGUUAAAAUAAUUUUUUGAUCUUUUUAUUCUCCUCCCCCCGUCCCUCGCUUCAUACAUUUAUGAAGUGUCCCAAAUUUGGAGCUAGAAAUCUAGUCAUCUUAUUGCAUAGAUUGACGAAAUAAAAAUAUGAAAGAAAUAAAAAGAAAUGAUUAAAAUUUGCUAAAAAGACAUAUAAAAUAUAAUAUAAAAAUCUUAGUUACAAUAAAAAACUACAAAAUAAUUUAUUAAAAACUAUAUAUAUAUAUAUAUAUAUAUAUAAGUUAUAUGUACAAAACUCGUAUAAUUGUUAACUAUGGCUGCCAGAAUUAUGUCUUUUCUCUGACUAUAGAAUGACGCAAGUUGGUAUUCUUUACAAAAUUUUUCAUAUAGCACUCAUAUUUAUCAUAUAAAAAUACGAAAAAAAUGUAAAAAAUCGAAAUUUACUCAAAACAAUGUGUCAUAUAGAAUACAAUAUGAACAUCUGAGCGUAACUUUCAGUAAAUUUGUUGCUGCGUCAAUAUAAUAAAAAAUUAACAUCUUUGCAUGUAAAUUUAAUCACGAAUUCAGUACAAUAUAUUUACGUCAUAUACGUGAUUACAACAUUUAUAAAUUCUGAUUGUCUCACGUUGUGAUAAUCAUGGAAAGGAGGGGGUCUUUUUUCCUUCUUUUUUUUUUAACUCUCCGUUUAUGCAUUCGAUUUAAUUGGGUUUUCGACUAGAAAUGUGCGUGUUGACAUGAGAUGCGCCGGUCGCGGAUAUCUUUGUACGUUUUCCCCGAAAUUUUCCGAGGGAACGUCGCCGUUCAUUUUUCGUCUCCCUUACGUAAAGCGAUGCUUGCGAGUCGCGGGUGUGCAUGAUGUCGGGCCGUCGGCAAGACUAAUCACUUCCACGCUCUCUUUAACCGGCUCUAAAGGGAAACAAGAAAAAGAGAGAGGAAGAGGGGAGGGGGAGAGAGAGAGAGAAAGAGCGAAGGCAACGGACAGGAAUUUACGAUGACUUUAUUGGGACAUCAAACGUAAGACGAGAAGCAAAAUAUGCGAAAGCCCGAGAGCGAGGCACGCCGUAAAGAUUUUUCGCUCUUUGACGAACGGUUUCCGAGAAUAUCCCGCUGUGGAAUUUGGAAACCCGCGAAGGACCCUCGUAAACGUUCAAAUGCGCAUAAUCUCGCGAGCGCCGCCGCAAUGUUUCGUAAUUUACCUAGUGACUGCUCAUCGGACCAAGGACCGGCGGGGAUGCGCGAAUCCGGCAAAUCCGUCCGCGUGGCCGAGGACGGCGAUGUCACACGAACACUUGUGUGCUCGAACGACGAAAGAGAAGUUUCCGUCAUGUGAAGUUCCCGAAACGAGUGCGAAUGAGUGAGAAAAGAAUGCACGGCGGGAGACUACGGCGAAAAGUUUCUCGAAAGAUCUCACUGACGACGACCGCGCGCGAUUGAACGGCGAUUAACCGCGUUACGGCGAACUUUUUCGCGGGAGAGAACUCUGAAAAGUCGUGAAGUCGUCGAUAAGGCGGGACAGAUUUGUGGAAGAAUACGUCACACACCGUAAAAGGAACGUCGAGAUUUCUGUUCUCUCAGGGAAGAGAAAAAGAGUGCGGGCUGUGGGCGCGAAGUUGCGCGCGGAAACUCGAAUGCCAAAGACAAACCACCACUUAGGAGGACAGUACUUACAGCAAUACAGUAAAACAAGACAAAUGUCAGAGGAAUAAGGAGAUAAUGUAGUUCGCGCAGUUUACGGUAUCGAUUAAACGCCGGAAGUUCGCCAAAGUGCAAUAAUAAUCGCCAAAGAACGGAAGGGACGUCGUGGUACAUUUUCUCGACCGAUUAAAAGAACGUUCUCACGGCGGCGACGACGGGGCGGAAGUGAGCGCUACGGGUGUGUGAGGCGGUUCUCUUUUUUAUUUAUUUAUUCCGCGGCAUCGCACGGGAAAGUCACGCAAAAAGGACGCGAGGCCAAGAUUCAUGGAUGUUCCUGGAGACGCCGUGCCGAGUUCUGGAUUCGUGCCGCGCACGAGAGCGAGAGGGCGGACGGCGAGCGAGACACCUCGAACCGCAACGUGACUCGGAAACUUGUCGAGCGGAAGAUGUAGGAUUUGGGAAAGAAGGAAACGCGCGGACGUACGGCUCCCGGCGGCGUUAUCCCGAGGAGCCGCCGUCACCCGGCACCAAGGCCCGGUCGCUUUCGCGCCCUUGGUGCCAUUCGGCACCAAGAUGCUGGACAUAUUCCGCGGUCUCAAGAGCCUCAUUAAAAUCUCGCAUAUUCACACCGACAGUGCCGUAUUCCGAUUGCACUACAGCCUCACGGUGAUCCUGCUGGUAUCGUUUUCCCUGAUCGUCACCACCCGCCAAUACGUCGGCAACCCCAUCGACUGCAUACACAGCAAGGACCUGCCCGAGGACGUGCUGAACACGUACUGUUGGAUACACAGCACCUACACCAUCACCGCGGCCUACCGGAAGCGGGAAGGCUCGGAGGUGCCGUUCCCCGGCGUCGACAACUCCAAGUCGUAUCCUGACAGCGAGAGGAAAGAGUACAGAUAUUAUCAAUGGGUGUGCUUCUUACUUUUCAUACAGGUGCACCGGAUCGUCGAGGACUCCAUGAUGUUUCGGCUGCACUAUCGCGCCACCGUGGCGGUGCUGUUGUCCGGCUGCCUCACCCUCGCUUGUAAGAGCAUCUCCGGCUCGCCCAUACAUUGCGAAACCACCGGCUCCGUCGACAAGGUCGUGCUGGAGACCUUCUGCUGGCUUCACACCACGUACAGCAUGGUGCACGCCUUCAACAUGAGCCUCGGCCAGGCCGUGCCGUAUCCCGGAGUGUCCAACAGCAAGGGUGAGGGAGCACACGGCCACACACCCAACCCGUUGGUCAAGCAGCACAAGUACUAUCAGUGGGUUAUCUUCCUCUUGCUGCUGCAAGCGAUCCUUUUUUAUACGCCGAGAUGGCUGUGGAAAGGCUGGGAGGGUGGCAAGAUUCAUGCCCUCAUGAUGGAUCUCGACAUCGGGCUCUGCUCCGAGGUGGAGAAAAAGCAAAAGAAGAAGAUGCUGCUCGACUACCUCUGGGAGAACCUUCGCUUUCACAAUUGGUGGGCUUACAGGUACUACCUAUGUGAAGUGCUCGCGCUGCUGAAUGUGGUCGGUCAGAUGUUUCUGAUGAACCGCUUCUUCGACGGCGCCUUCUUGACCUUCGGCAUCGACGUGCUCAGGUUCCUCGAAUCCGAUCAGGAGGACCGAGUGGACCCGAUGAUUUACGUCUUCCCACGAAUGACCAAGUGCACUUUCUACAAGUACGGCGUCAGCGGGGAGGUCGAAAGGCACGACGCCGUCUGUAUAUUGCCUCUGAACGUCGUGAACGAGAAGAUCUAUGUUUUCCUCUGGUUCUGGUUCCUCUUCCUCGGCGUGCUCAGUUUCUUUACGGUUUUGUAUAGGAUACUGAUAAUUUUCUCACCGCGCACGAGGGUCUACCUGCUGCGAAUGCGGUUCCGCUUGGUGCGGCGGGACGCGGUGGAGACGAUAGUGCGUCGCAGCAAGGUGGGCGAUUGGUUCCUCCUGUACAUGCUGGGCGAGAAUUUGGACACCGUCAUCUACAGGGACGUGAUGCACGAAUUGGCCAACAAGCUCGCCUCAAGGCAUCACCACGGCGUGCCGGGAGUGAAGGGCGAGCUUCAAGAAGCCUGAUCGAGGUUGCCUCGGAGGGUCGGCACGUUCGAUUCGCUGCCGCGGUCCUGCCCUCGCCCGCCGUCCGCAUCGCGCAUCGGUCGUCGACGCAUCCGGGGACGCGGGACGUGCGAUCGCGGCCGGAGCCUGAGAAGAAGAAGAAGCAGCGGCGGCAGAAGGGCCGACGGGUCUUCUUCAAGGAUCCGCGGAUCCGGUCUCGCCAAGAGGCGCGUCUAUCCUCCUUUCCGCCGGCUGUUGCUUAUCGAGCUCGCAGCGAUGCGACGAUAGCGCCGGAGAUGUCGGAGACGCGUCCCCUGUACCGCGCGUCUUCGCGUCCGACGAUUCGCGGUGAGAUGUCAAAGAGAGACAGAGAGAGAAAGAGAGAGAGAGAGACAGACAGAGAGACAGAGAGAGACAGAGAAGAGAAAGAAACGCGCCGGUCAUUCGAGAUUCUCAGGGAUUGGUGUUCUCUUUCUUGCACUUUUCCCUCUCUCUCUCUCUCUCUCUCUCUGUAUCGAACGAACGAAUUUACCAAUGUAACUUCGACGAGUCCGGAUUCCGAUGCUGUGCGAGAGCGAUUUCGGAGGAACGGAUGAUACGAGUGUGAGGUAUCGUUGAUGCGUUCUUGAUAUUUCGUAAAAAAUUCCAAUCUUCUAUAAAAUUUCCAUGGAAUUUAUAUAAAAUAUUUCAAUUUUACAUAUAAUCUUUAUAUAAAAUUAACACAUUUAUAAUCUUUAUAUAAAAUUUCGACUUCAUAGAUAAAAUUCACAUAAA